UCCCGGCCCGGCCGGCCCCGCUGGCUCCGCACAAAGUUUGCGGCCGCCCCUGCGCCCGCGCGCCCGAUGCAUGGGUGAUGUACUGCGGCGGGCGGCGGGGUGAGGGACGGCCAUAUUUGCCGGUGCGGCCCGAGCCGUCAGCAACAAAAAGUGCGCGGGAGCCCGGCGGGCGCACGGACGGGCGCAGGGACGCGGGCGCCGCGCCUCCUCGCCGCCUCGCCGCCGCCGCGCGCCCCGCCGGCCCGGCCCCGCGCCCCCGCGCCCCCGCGCCCCGCCGCCCGCGGGGAUGUCUUACAAACCGAACUUGAACGCGCACGUGCCCGCCGCCUCCCUCAACGCGGCUGGAAGCGUCCACUCUCCUUCUACGAGCAUGGCAGCAUCCUCACAGUACCGCCAGCUGCUGAGUGACUAUGGACCCCCAUCCCUUGGCUACACCCAGGGAACUGGGAACAGCCAGGUACCCCAAAGCAAAUAUGCUGAGCUGCUGGCCAUCAUCGAAGAGUUGGGAAAAGAGAUCAGGCCCACCUACGCGGGAAGCAAGAGUGCCAUGGAGAGACUAAAACGAGGCAUCAUUCAUGCUAGAGGACUGGUUCGGGAGUGCUUGGCUGAAACAGAACGGAAUGCCAGAUCCUAGCUGCCUCAUUCGCUUGGAAGGCUUUCCAUCUUUUUAUAAGAUGAGAAGCUAUAGUUCAUCUCCCCUGUUCAGAUGAACUCUUGUUUUCAAAAUGUUAACAGUUUGUUUUUAUUUCUCCCCGUUUCCCUCCUAUGGUUCACUAGGCUCUGAACCUAGACUUUAAGCCUGAGAAGAGAUUUUGCAGUUGAUUAGGAUUUGUGUUUUAAAUAGUUAGGAAGUACCUGGGUUUUUUUCCCUUAAGCAUUGAUUUAAAAAAAAUACAUGGAAAAGUUACUUGUCAUCAAUCUGUAGUGUGACUCUAAGAUACCAGUAUUUCACUUUCAUCUUCUCUUUUGAACACAAUUGUUACCUAAGUUGUUCUUUGUUCCUUUUCAUAAGCUAAUAAACUCUAAGGAUUCUGUUUUUAGUAAAUACUGACAGCACGCUUUACUUAGUAGCCGGUCCCAGUUUGGCAAUACAGUGUAGAUUCUGCUUAAUAUAAUUCCCUUGUUGCUUAAGCAUCUGCAUGACUAAUUAGUGUUUCGAAGUCAAUUGAAAAGUGCACAAGUUAUAAAUACAGAAGAAAGAGCAACCUAUCAUGCUUAACAAGGACCCCCGAAAAUUUUCAUACUGAGACUGUAUGUAGAUUUCAGUUCUGUGUUUACUGUAAGUUGAUCAAAAUGUCUGGGAAAAAAAUGACUAAAACUGUUUGCAUCUUUGUAUGUAUUUAUUACUUGAUGUAAUAAAGCUUAUUUUCAUUAACAA